UUUUGAUUGAUUAGACAAUUAAGCCUCGAGAUGAGUUGCAGAACGCAAAAUAUUUUUCACACAGAGGUAAACUGGGAGUGACAGUGACAGCGUAGUUGGAGCAUCUUGACAGUUGGCUUUAAAUCUGGUGACAAGAUGGUGACAGGUAGAAUAGGAAUUUGUCUUUUCCAGUUUGCUUUACUGACCAAGUACUACACCGUCUUCCUGUGUUUGGCUUUUGUUCCCGUGUCAACACAAGAUGACAAGAGCACGUGCUCUAUACCCUCUGUAAAGCGGUUUCAGGAUACUGUCCUGACAUGUCACUUCCCCGAGGACCUCAGUGUCACCAAGAAAGACUUCACGGUCUACCAUUACGUUGAGCAGGGUACCCCGGAGUCUGUACUAGACUGCUGGUGGAUUCGAGGUUCACAGGAAUGUUACCCAAAACCAGGAUUCACAUUCGACAAGAGAGUCAGCCGAUCCCUCAACCUUACAGUGGAUCGUGUGGAUGACAAACACGUGGGUAAAUACGCAUGUCAGAUCGCCGGCUAUGGAUCCAGAUUUUUCGAAACUUGCGAGUUUAUGUUUAAGCUUGAUACACACAACACAUGCAAAAUCUCAAAGGAAAACGACUCCCUAGUAACGUUGACAUGCUUCUUUAACGAAGACAUCAAUAAGACACAGAAGAACUUUUAUGUGUAUAAGCACAAUGAGCAAGAGAAACUAACAGUUGUCGUGUACUGUUUGUGGGAAAAUGGUAAUCCGAGAUGCCGGGGAGAGAAAGGUUACCAAUACGAAAUAAAAUUCUCCACGUACUUCAACAUGGCGAUCCCCAUGGCAACGAACAAAAAAACUUAUAACUACUCUUGCUGGAUUGGCGGGUCUCAUGGUGAUCAAGUGAAAACCUGUUCCCUUGCUAUCGAUGGCGUUCAGCCUGAAAGAAAGAAAGGUGUAGACACUGUAGCACUGGGAGCAUCUCUGGGUGUCCUGGUACUGACUGCAACAGCGAUUGCAGGACUCGUGGUGUUUGUGAGGAAACGAAGAAGGAAUAGGUUUCCUUCAGUGACGCAGGAAGAAGAGAUCCCGAUGAUGUCUCCCGAAAACCAGCACGAGAAAGUGACAGAAGAGUUUCAAGCCUUUUUGUUGCAUAACAUCAAUGAUAUGUAUCCAAACCUGCUGAAUGAAUGUUACUUUGUUCCUCCAGUCUACUUCAACAAAACUCGAUACUCACAAAAAUCUGUCGCCAAUGAAGUCUACUACGUCCCUAACCCUCCUGACCAAAAAGACCUCCGCCAUGACAGAGCCAUGCAGCACGUGAUACACUACUUACGUCACAUGGCGGAACAAUAUCAGGAACAAAUGUUUGUGCUGACACAGUUCAGUUACGAUGACUACCUGAGAUGUCCCAGUCCUGAGUACACAGGACAUCACUUACCUGUUCCUGGUGGUCUUGAGGGUGGUACACAUGACCAGGAUAUCGGAUGUUUUGAUGUUCUUAUCAUCCAUAGAUACUACGGCGUGGUGGUUGGGGUUGUCAAGACUGUUAGAGACAAAGACGAUGGUAGGGAAGAUUGGGAACAGAGAAAAGAUGAACUGCUGAUCUCAGAGAUGUCUGAAGGGCUGCGACAACUACAAAGGGCAGAGAGUAUGAUACAACAUCUCAUGUCAGAUAUGAGUCUGAUUCCUGUAGUUCGACGGGCCUUGAUGUUCCCAAACAUUACCAAAUCUACACUAAGAAGAGCAUUUUACAGAACAAGUAAGGGUAAAGACGACAAAACCAUGGAGACCACCAUUGAGCUCUGUCUUUGUGCUGAUCACCUGUCCCAUCCCUCGAGACCCUGGGAUGUCGAUUCCAAUGUGAUGACAGUUUUCAGAGAAUGGUGGCAAGGGCUGAGGAGCAGUGCUUCACACGGACCAGCAAUGUCUGAUGACGUGUAUCAAGACAUGAUUGCCAGAUUCUGUGGUCCUGCAACUGUAUCUGCUUUUGAAAUAGAUGAUGUAAAAUACAGUCCGCUGCCUAAGACCCUGAGUGAAGCCGUCAUGUUGACUGGAGAAUUGUUUGAACGACUUACACUGAGCCUAGAUAUGGCAAACCUGCUCCAAGAACCAAGAGUUUGUUUGGCUGGACCGCACGGUACAGGGAAAAGUAAAACACUGGCGCUAGUUGGAAAGACAUGGAUCUCUGAGGGUCAUACAGUGCAUGUCAUCAACACGUGUGCAGAAAGAAGUGAUGCUAUAACACAGCUUUACAACUUGCUGCUCCAGUAUUCUACAGGACAUUCACCAGACACUCAUGUAAAGUCUGUUAUACGUAUGUUUUGUAACAUCGACAGCAGCAGAGAAAUCGACGACACCAUCAGAUCACUGAUAAGCGAGAAGAAGGGAAAGACCUACUGCGCACUAAUUGACGAACCAGAUGAAGAUAAAGAGAAAUUGAAGAAUCUCCAAGAGUUUCUCCAAAAACUUAAUGAGCGCCUUCCGGACAACCGCGUGUGGGUUGCCAUCAGCCGUCAUAACUUCAACCCACCUGGCUGGACGGUAGAGCCCCUCAAGAUCCCCUUUACCUGUCCCCCUUCAGUCAUGCGAAAGGCAUGUCAAAAAACACACGAGGCGCUGUUUUCCACAAACAGCAAUCUACUACCUACCGACGGCCUACCUGUAAAAUUUAUUUGUCACACAGGUCAAGAUCAUGCAGAAAAGGAACCACGUGACUGUGAAGCUUGUGGAAACCAGAUCGUCAGAUUCUUCACACGGGACCUUCGUGUUGUUAACCAAGAUACACAAAACACAGAGUAUCUACAACCCACGAGUCUCCAAACAGCAGGUGGACAGUCUCCGAGUAUUCAGUGGAAAGAUGUCUUGUUUUUGUUUGAAAUAAAAGUUACAGAAGACAGUCCGAUGAUACAGCUGCUCAAAGACUCAGGUAUCCCGGUGCAAGUCAUUAACUCUGGAGAAACGAGAAAUGUACAGAUGACAAAUGUAAAAGAUAACAAACACAUUGUGUUGGCAGAAAACGUAGAUUUUUCAUGCUUUCAAAAGAAAAAGGUUGUUGUAUACGUGGAAGGCGCUAAAAAAAGAUCUUACUCUGCUAAAUGGAGUAAACAACUAAGCUUCAGAUGUACUUCACAGCUGAUAGUAGUUCGAAUACCUUGAAUUUAAGAGUGCAUUUUGCAUGGAGAACGAAUGUUUGUUAAUUCAGCUAAAAGCAGUAAUAAUCUGUAGAUUUUACAUUGUUUUCUUUCUUGUCAUCAUUCUUUGAAAAUGUUUGAAAUUACUAUGACUUUCAUAAGUAAGCAUAUUGCCGAAGUGAUUAGAAAACUUGAGUCCGAGCACAGAGGUUCAAAACCUGAUUAGCGCACUAAACUUUAGUAAGUUAAUCCAGUUAGCGGGAAUGGGUGCCUGUCUUCAAAAAGGGUUUGAGGAAGGUAACACAGGGGAGGAGAGGAGAAAGGAAUUGUCCUCAUAUCAAGCUUGCCCUCAGUAAAGUAAGGUCUCUAACACAACUUACCACUCAACGACCUCGAAAGGCUUCUUCUUCUUAACCUUCUUGAGCAAAAUCCUUCCCUUGUCGAUAACUUCAAGAUAUUUUGGUAAAUCCUGUAAACCUUUAAAAAGUAGAUUCUUUCAACUAAUUAAACAACCUUUACCCAGGUUUACCCAUUUCCUUACUACGAAAUAUCAAAAGGUUUAUUCAAGCCUUGUACCUACACUCGUGGGAAAAACCGAUUUCAUGUUAACAAAUCUUUGAAUAUGUUUUUUUUUUGAGUCAGAGAAUCUUUCUAAAAUUUUAAACUCAUGUUUUGCCCUUGUUUGUGUGGCACACCAUUGUAUCAACAAUAAUGUUGAAUUAAAUAUUCCAAAGAGGU